AUGAACAUGAGCAUUGCCAUUGGUGUUGGAACUAGAGAAAUGAAUUUAACCAUACUUCCUGGAAUGGACAAGAACUCUUUUGGCUACCUUGGCAACAGUGGUGGAAAAUUCUGGGGAUCAGAAGUGGGUACAGCCUAUGGACCUUCUUUCACUACCAAUGACACAAUCGGUUGCGGCGUUAACCUAGUUGAUCGCCAGAUCUUUUUUACAAAAAAUGGGAAAAAUCUUGGUGAAGCAUUUUCCGGCUCUCUUUUUGACGUGUCUUCAGUUUUAGGGUUGUACCCUACACUUGGUCUCCAAACCACGGGAGAAGUUGUAGAGGCAAAUUUCGGGCAGUCACGCUUCAUGUAUAACAUCGAAAAAGACAUAAAUGAACUAAAGAAGAAAACUGCCUCCUCAAUUACUGAAUUUCCUAUACCAAAUGAGCACACUGAGAUGCCAGCCGUGUUUCAAAGCUGGGUGUUUUCAUAUCUAAUGCACCAAGGAUACUAUUCUACAGCUGAAGCAUUGGCGCGCAGUACUGGCCAAAAAUUGGGUGAGGAAGAAUCAUCGAUGAAAAGCAGACAAAGUAAACAAACUAUUCUUUAA